AUGUCGAUAGUGCCUGCAUUUGAGCCAUUGUUUCCUUCUGAUUCUGAUGUUGAUUCCGACGGUGAAGACAAAAGAGAACGGAAUAACUAUAACGUCGAGGAAGUGGUAUCUCAGUUCAGGGAUGAGUCUCCCAUCAGGCAUAAUGAUUAUCCUGAAACUGACUUUGAUGAAGGAGAUGAAGUGAAACGGACAGCUAAGAGACGCAACAACAUCCCGAGAGGUAAUGGAAACUUGUACUUUGGACAAGUUUUCAUGAAUGGCAUUGCUUUUAAAGAGGCUGUUCUGGAUCAUGCUCUAAAAACUGGUCGGAACAUAAGGCAGAAGAAGUAUGAUAAAAACAAGCUUAGCUUCAGUUGUGAAGGUAUAGGUUGUUCAUGGCACAUAAAUUGCUCCAUAUCUGGAAAGACUAGUCGGUGGCAGGUUACAGUCUUUAAAGAACCUCAUACAUGUGUUCCUAAUGGGGUUUGCACAAUGCUAAAAGUCCCACAAAUUGCCCGGUUGUUUGUUGACAAGAUCAGAGAAGAGCCAGAGUACUACAUGCCAAUGAAGAUUGAAGAAAUGGUUAUGGAGAAAUGGAAGAUUUCUGUGACAAGGCCUCAGUGCCAACAUGCUAGGAUUAAAGCGUUGCGGUGCAUUGAUAGGGAAUAUGCAGAGCAGUUUUCAAGGCUUCGAGACUAUAAGGCUGAGAUAGAAGAGACAAACCCUGGAUCAUCUGUGGAGGUCGAUUGUGUGAGAAAUGAAGCUGGACAAGAUGUAUUCCAAAGGUUUUAUGUCUGUUUCAAUGUUCUUAGAAGAACAUGGAAAGAAACUUGUAGGCCUCUCAUAGGAGUUGAUGGUUGUUUCCUGAAAUCUGUUCAGAAAGGUGAGCUAUUUGUUGCUAUGGGACGAGAUGCUGAUAAUGCAAUUUAUCCAAUUGCAUGGGCUGUAGUUCAGAAGGAAAACACAGAUAAUUGGCAGUGGUUCUUCACGAAGAUCAAAGCUGAUUUAGGACUUGAAGAUGGCGAUGGAUAUGUGUUGGUCUCUGAUCGUCAGAAGGGUUUGAUCAAUGUUGUUAUGCAAGUGCUCCCAAAAAUUGAGCAUAGAAUGUGUGUGAGACACAUCUAUAUGAAUGUGAAGUCUCGGCACAGUAAAAUGCCAGAGCUGAAGACCUACAUAUGGCGGCUAGCACAAAGCUACAAUGAGGCUGAUUUCAGAAUAAAUUUGAGGAAGAUAGAAGAUUGGGAUGCACGUGUUUAUGCCGAUAUAAAGAAAUCAAAACCAGAAACUUGGUGCAGGGCAUUCUAUAAGUUUGGACCAUAUUGUGAAGAUGUGGAAAAUAACUCCACAGAAUCAUUUAACAACUCUAUAGGUAAAGCCAGAGAUAAGGCUUUGGUUCCUAUGUUAGAGGCCAUAGCACGACUUGCAAUGGUGCGCAUAGCCAAAAGAGAUAUCAAAGCAACUAAACAUGAAGGCGUUUGUACACCUUAUGUGAUUGAUUAUCUGGCUGAGUUGCAUGAGAAAGCUUCAGAAUGCUUUAUCAAACCAUCCACAAACAGGAUGUAUGAGGCUAAACUAAACGGAUGCUCUCAUUAUGUGAAUUUGGCGCAUUGGACUUGUAGCUGUAAACGAUGGGAUAUCACAGGCAUUCCAUGUGAACAUGCAUAUGGAGUGAUGCUGCGCAAAGGACUUGAGGCUCAGGACUACGUUUGCCACUGGUUUAGGACAACUACGUGGAGGAGGAAUUACACUGAUGAGAUUGUUCCAAUCAGAGGUGCGAAGUUUUGGCCAAACACAGAUGAGCCAUCGAUAAUUCAACCUGAAGUGCCAGAUAUGCCUGGCCGUCAGAAGGUAACUAAGGCAGAUAAAAAAAGGAAGAAAGAUAAGAACGAGUCUCCAGUGAAGAAGGCAAACAAAUUGUUGAAAAGGGUUAUGCAUUGUAAAAUUUGUGGUGAAGCUAAUCAUAACUCGCGGUUCCACAAGAAAAAGCCAAAAACGAAUGCAGCAUCAUCUCAGGCUGAAGCAUCAUCUCAGGUUGAAGUAUCUCAAGGAGUUACCACUCAGAUUUGA